AUGGCAUUAGUUAGUGAUAAUAGAGGGACUUCAAUGGAAUUUUCAAGUGAAAAAGUUUAUUGCGAAGACUGUGAUAAAUCAAGAUCGAAUGGAGACAAUAUCAUUGAAAAUCAAGAAUCUUUUGAUUACAGGAAAUGUUCAAAAGAAACACUUGUAAAAUUACCAUUCCCACCAGGAUUAAAUCCUAAAGAUUUAGUCAAUGAUCUAUUAAAUAGUAAAGCCAAGUCACCGAAGAUGUUGAAUGAGUUCUUCAUUUACCGGAAGGUAUUUGUUCAAGAACUUCGAAAGCAAAAUCUUAAAUUGAAGAUGACUAAGGCGUCAAAAUUAGCAAGUAGUUCCUGGUACCAAGAGCCUUCAAAAGUGAAGAAUGAAUAUAGAAGAAUUGCACGAGAGGUUGAAAAAGAAUAUAAUUUUGCUCGGAGUGAAAAAUUACGAACUCAAAAAGCAAAUGAUCAACAUAAACAUUUCACAGCCCCUGUCAACUCUUCUACCCAUGUUAAUUUUGAUGUCACCAGUAAUGACGAUAAAAUUGAACCUUUUACACCAAUCGUAGUAAAACCGUGUACACCAUUAGUACCAUCCACACCAGCCAUACCAACCAUAAACACGAACGCAUGGUUGCACAACGUACAGCCAAUUUUAACGUUCAACCCGUAUACCCCAAAUGUGUUUAUGCCAGGUCACUAUACCCCAAAUGUGUUUAUGCCAGGUCACGACGGUAAUAUGUAUCUUCCGGACAUUUCAUUCCAAUUUCAAGCAAAUAAUUUAAAAUCGUAUGGAAAUAAUUUACAGGAUAAUAACGUUAAUUCAAAUGUUACAAAUUUCACAAAUUUCACACCACAAACAUUUUCGAUUGAGGAACCUUUUGCAAAUUAUUUCGAUCCCAUUUAUUUCGAUCCCAUUUAUUACUCAGCGGAGUAUGAAAUGGUUUCGAAUGAAGCAUCGUUUAUUUAUUCUACACAAUAUUAA